UUAACAAAACCUAGCCCAUCAUUUCUCGUUUCGAUGCACACCAUGAUGGUCAUAGGAUUAUAUCUACUUGUCCUUCUUGGGACUGUUAAAUCAGAGCUGUCGCUGGCCUCGUAUUUCGGGGACCACAUGGUUCUACAGCGAGCCCCUGCCUCCAGUCAGAUUUGGGGCUACGCCGACAAACUGGACACUGUAGUCACUGCGCAGGUGGGUUUAGAGGGACCAAGGUACAGCACGAAGACGGUCAAUCACAGCGGCUUGAAAAGAAUCAUUUGGAAGAUAACUUUUCCACCGCAAAACGCCGAAGGCUCUUUCGUUAUUACGAUCAGUUCCACUGAAGGCACUCUAAGCAUCCAGGACGUGAUCUUUGGGGAUGUGUGGGUGUGUUCUGGUCAGAGCAACAUGCAGUUCACCCUUAAUAUGGUAUACAAUUCGACCCAGGAAAUGGCCGAAGCUGACAACUACCCGGAUAUCCGGCUGUUCACAGUACAGGAUGUAUUUUCGGCUGAGCCGUUGUACGAACUGAAGGCCGUACAGCAACCGUGGAGCAGAGCAAGCAAAGAAAGUGUUGGGGGUGCGGACUGGACGUACUUCUCCGCGGUGUGCUGGCUCUACGGGAAGUAUCUUUACCAGCAGCUGAAGCGCCCUAUCGGUCUGGUAGCCUCCACUUGGGGCGGCACGCCCGUGGAGGCGUGGUCUUCGAAGGACGCCAUGGCGAUGUGCGCGUCCCCUAGCGUGGGACUUCUCCAGUCUGAUGCGCCGUCUAUCGUGGAACGCCCCAAUUCAGCUGUGCCUAACUUUGGUGUGGCCGACCAAAACACGCCCACCCAGCUCUGGAACGCCAUGAUAAAUCCGCUUCUGAAUAUGACCAUCUAUGGCGCCAUCUGGUACCAAGGAGAGGCCAAUGCAGGCGCUCCUGACUCAUACAAGUGCCGCUUCCAGGCCAUGAUCAACGACUGGCGAGCAAAAUUCAGCGCCGAGGGCCACACGGACGGGAUGUUUCCAUUCGGGUUUGUUCAGCUUGCCCCGUGGCGUAACGACCCCACCAUCAUCACGGGUUUUCCAGACAUCCGAUGGCACCAGACAUUCGACUACGGAUACGUGCCUAAUCCGGAACUUCCUAAAGUCUUCAUGGCAGUUGCGAUAGAUCUCCCAGACUUCGAUUCACCUUACAACAGUAUCCACCCACGUGACAAGCAGGACAUUGCCUGGAGACUGACUCUUUCCGGACUCCAGGUGGCCUACAACAUGAGUUCUCUGGGCCGCUACCUAGGACCACAGAUCUCGGCUUACUACAUAGACAUAGGCUAUCACACGUUGAGACUAGAGUUUGAUGGAGCUAAGGGACAGGGAAUUUCAGUAACCAAUACAUCCGCGGGAUUUGAGGUGUGCUGCUCCAUUAACAAUAUGACCAAAUGCGACGGCAAGGACUCGGUGUGGCAGGCCGCGCCCAUUACAGCCAGUGACUCCCACAGCGUCACGAUGCGCUCCUGUGUGGGUAUGUGGACCAUGGGGGUGCGCUAUGCCUGGGCGGAGUCGCCGUGCGCCUUCAAGGCGUGCGCCGUGUACACCCGAGAGAACAGCCUCCCUAUGGCUCCGUUUGUUGUGGUGGGCGUCAUUGGUGACGACGCGAACUGAUGAGAUCACUUUAAACGUUUUUCAACAAAAACACACGAGAAGUUUGAAUACAUCAAUAAUAAUAUAUAUAUAUAUAUAUAUAUAUAAUUGUUUUGCUUCGUUGAAUGUGGGCCAAUGAAUACAAUUAAACGUGUAUUUUCGUUA